UUGUCCUAAGCUUACGCGGCAAAGCCGCUGACGGUUCAUUUUCUUUUCGGCCAUCACAGACGGUCCAUUUUUACAAUAUAAACAGUUCCCAUUUCACAAUAUUAAUUACUAGACGGUAGACCAGCCCUGCUUGACUCCUGCUAAUCAAAGCCAAAACCCUUGACCUGUUGUUUCCAGCUCACAUUCCGGCGAUGGAUCUCCGUGAAUCGAUCACUAGCCAAACCGACGUCGCUUUGACCCUGACCAAAAACGUUCUCCAAACUGAAGCCAAGGACUCGAACCUACUGUUCUCGCCCCUGUCGAUCCAUGUUGUGCUCAGCUUGAUCGCCGCUGGUGCUAAGGGUCCAACCCUCGACCAGCUCCUCUCUUUCCUCAAGUUCAAAUCCAACGACCAGCUCAGCUCCUUCUCCUCCGAGCUUGUUUCCGUUGUCUUCGCGGAUGGAAGUCCAGCCGGUGGUCCCCGGUUGUCAUUUGCUAAUGGUGUUUGGCUUGACCGGUCUCUCCCUCUCAAGCCUUCUUUCAAACAGGUUGUGGACAACGUCUACAAUGCUGCUUCUAAGCUAGUCGAUUUUCAAAACAAGGCGGUUCAAGCGGCGGGUGAAGUAAAUAUGUGGGCGGAGAAGGAGACCAAUGGUCUUAUUAAAGAAGUUCUUCCUCCAGGAUCAGUUGAUGCUUCAACCAGACUUAUAUUUGCUAAUGCACUCUAUUUCAAAGGAGCUUGGAAUGAAGCAUUCGAUGCCUCAAAAACAAAGGACCAUGACUUCCACCUCAUAAAUGGUAGCUCUGUUAAGGUGCCUUUUAUGACCAGCAAAAAGAAACAAACUGUUAGUGCCUACGAUGGUUUCAAAGUUUUAGGGCUUCCAUAUAAACAAGGCAACGAUAAGCGUCGUUUCUCCAUGUAUUUCUUUCUUCCAGAUGCAAAAGAUGGUCUGCCAGCUUUGGUAGAGAAAGUGAGUUCUGAGUCUGGUUUCUUAGAACGCCACCUUCCAUAUCAACCAGUUGAAGUGGGUGAAUUCAGGAUCCCGAGAUUCAAAAUCUCAUUUGGACUUAAAGCUUCUGAGGUUCUGAAAAGAUUAGGACUUGUGUUACCUUUCUCUGGUGAAGGAGGUUUGACAGAGAUGGUGGAUUCGCCUCAAGGUCAAAACCUAUAUGUUUCAAACAUAUUCCACAAGUCUUUUAUAGAAGUUAAUGAAGAAGGGACUGAAGCUGCUGCUGCUACUUCUGCUGUCAUAGCACUCAGGUCUCUGCGUAUUCCACAAACUAUAGACUUUGUGGCAGACCAUCCAUUCCUCUUCUUGAUCAGGGAAAAUGCGACUGGAGUUGUGCUCUUCAUUGGCCACGUCCUCAAUCCUCUUGAAAACUGAUGAGUCCGUUGUGGUCAUGAGGCAGGAGAAUAUGUGUUGUAUUUUGCAGAUGCUAGAGCAGGAGCUAGAGCCUGAUGCUACUUGAGUGGUCUGCAUGUUAAACCAGUGUAAAUUGUGCUUUGUUGUUUGUUUGGUUUUCGUAGUUGUUCUUAGCUGUUCAAUCCAUGUUUAACUACUUCACUACUACAUGUAAUUCACACGAGAAAUAAAUUACGGUCUCCUGGUUUUUAACGUGUUAA